CUCUCGCAUUCGCCGUCGUCAGCACACGCGCACGCAACGUACCGCACGGCAGUCGCAGCACGCCAGCCAGCAGCAGCAACAUCACGCAGCAACAUCAACUCGGUUGUUCGCUGUCUCGAAUUCGGUUUCGUGUCGUAUCGUAUCCGUAUCGUUUCGCAUCGCAUCGCAUCGGUGGUUCUGGUUCGUGCCUCGUCAUCAGCUAGCCAAAAAGCGGUGAUACGAAAGAAAGAAAAAAAGUCAUCAUACAGCCAGGGAAAAGCAGCGUAGAACGCACCUCGAACAGGUUUCGCCGUCGUCCGGAGAAACAGAAAGGUGCUCAAUUCCGCCCAGUGUGGAGGUAUUUUUUCGGUGUUCCCGCUUCUCGAAUACGAAAAAAUAAAAAAACAACAACCAAACCAAACCAAAUAUAUUUACAACAAAAUCAAAUACAAACAACAACAAUAUUCUGAGGCAAUUUCGCGUCGGUUUUUAGCAACAAUUUUCAAGUGUUUUACGCCGCCUCUUGUUUGUUUGCUAGCAAACAGCAUAUAUAUGUUUAUCUGAUAUCUGUGACUGUGGAAAAAACGCAAUUCAAGCUGUUUAGCUACAAAUCCAAAGAGAGCCGAGCGCCACAUUUUUGAUACGCGUAAAGAUACAAAAAACUACGAAAUACAAACUGCAGCAAAAAUCAAAAUCUCAAAAAUCCCAAGUGCAACAUGGUUUCCCACAAAAUGUUCAAAAUGUCUAACUAAGCAAAGAGUAAACUAAAGCUAAAGAGUAACUGCAUCUUAGAGGCGAGUAUCCACGGAGAACCAACUUUGAGUCAAAUCAGCUUUAUCGCAUCGAAAACUGGAAGCAAUCCCAGCAAGAUGCUGACCAUGGAAUCGGAUAUGAAGGGCAGCCUGCUGCAUGCCACCAUGCCGCCGCAUCACACAAGUGCCGCGUUGCACGGACACGCGGCAUCGCCGUACUCCGCCCUGGCUCCACUCAUGAACCUGGGCCAGUCGCACCUGACCCACUCUCAGCUGAGCCACCACAACCACCACCAUCACCACAUGAGCGCCCACAUCGCGGCCAGCCAGAGUCCCAAUCCGCUGAGCUCGCUGCAGUCCUCGAUGGCGAACACCCUCAAUGGCAGCCAGGUGGGCCAGCAGCAGCAGCAACAGCAGCAGCAGCAACAGAGCUCCCCGCUGCACAGCUCCAGCGAAUUGAGUCCCACCCAGAGCAGCAUCGGAAGCCAUCACAUGACAUCGCCGGUCAGCCACCAGCAGCACACGCAGCAGCAACAGCACGGGCAGCAGCAGCAUCUGGGCGCGGGAUCCGCAUUGAGCAGCCUAACUGGAGGAUCCAGCAACAACAACAACAACAGCGCCACGGCCAACAAGAACCAACAGCACGCGGAUCGUGUGAAGCGGCCCAUGAAUGCGUUCAUGGUUUGGUCUAGGGGCCAGCGGAGGAAGAUGGCCUCGGACAACCCCAAGAUGCACAACUCGGAGAUCUCAAAGCGACUGGGCGCCCAGUGGAAAGACCUCUCGGAGUCGGAGAAGCGACCCUUCAUUGAUGAGGCCAAGCGCCUGAGGGCGGUGCACAUGAAGGAGCAUCCGGACUACAAGUACCGGCCGCGCCGCAAGACCAAAACGCUGACCAAGACCAAGGAGAAGUACCCGAUGGGCGGUCUGAUGCCCGGACAGACGGUGGGCGGUGGAGCGCCGGGUGAGCCGGUGACGCCCACGCGGGUGCAAGGUCAGCCUGGCCAGAACCAGUCGCUAAACGGUAGUGGAGGCAGUGCAGCAGCGGCAGCAGCGGCGGCAGCAGCGGCAGCGCAACAGGCGCGCCAGGAUAUGUACCAGAUGAACGCGCCCAAUGGAUACAUGCCCAAUGGCUACAUGAUGCACGCGGAUCCGGCCGGAGCGGCAGCCUACCAGACCUCCUACAUGGGCCAGCACUACGCGGCUCAGCGGUACGACAUGGGACACAUGUACAACAACGGGUAUGCGAUGUACCAGACGGUGUCCGGCGGACAGACAUCGCCGUACGGCAGCAGUCUCCAGCAGCCCGGAUCACCGUCGCCGUAUGGCGGCAGUAGCUUGCAGCAGCAGCCCGGCAGUCCGGCUCCGUAUGGCGGAGGAGGAGGUGGUCAGGUUUCCUGCCAGAGCCACAGUCCCAGCGAUUCGAGCAUCAAGUCCGAACCGGUGUCGCCCAGUCCCAGUGCCAUAGCGCUCAACAACAACAACAACAUCAACAACAAUCACAUCAUGAAGCGGGAAUACAGCUCUGCAGCGGCAGCGGCAGCAGCAGCAGCAGCGGCAGCAGCCGCCGGCGGUGGUGAGCUGAAUCACCUGAUGAACAUGUACCAUCUGCCGGAUGAGCAGCGCCACCUGCUGCACUACCAGACUGACUCGCCCGAUCUGCAGCAGCAGCACCAGUCGAUGCAACAGCAGCAGCAGCAGCAGCACCUCCCGCAGCAACACCUUUCGCAGCAGCACCAACAGAUCCCGCAGCAACACCAGACCAUGCAGCAGCAGCAGCAGCAACACCACCUGCAGCAUCAGCAAUCGCUGAGGGCGAUGGCGCCGCUGGCACACAUGUGAGAAAUGGCCAGCGCCUAUGGAGCAGCAGGCUCCAGUGUGAGCGUUUCGCCUCCACUGCCGCCGUACAUGCCGACGGCCCCGCAGCAACAGCAGCAGCAGCAACAACAGCAGCAACAGUUGCUCAACGGACGGCCUAGUCCGACGGCAUCGGGGUCGUCGGGCGGCCGCUCCUCGGCGCAUUCCAGUGGCCAUACCGCCGCGCAUUCACCCGCCUUGGCAGCCGCCUACCAUCUGACCCCCUCCGCUGCCGCCUCCUCCGCCACUUCUGCUGCUACUGCGGCGGCAACUGCUGCGGCCGUUGCUGCUGCUGCGGCUGCAGGCAGCUCCUUCGCCGCCUCGGCCAGCAUGCUGGACAUGCAGCAGCAGCAUCUCGAGGAGCAGCAGCAGCACCACCACCUGCACUACCAACAGCAGCAACAGCAACACUACCAGCAGCAGCAGCAACAGCAGCAGCAGCAAAACCAGCUGUACCAUCACUAUCAUCCUGGCCACGAGGCAGCGGUGGCUGCCAGUGCUGGCCUCCUGGAUAUAUCCACAUUGUAAAUUAUUGAAAAUAUUAACUAAAGCCCUAGGAUACGCACACCCACAACCCACAACCCACAACCACACCCACAACCACAGCCACACACACAGACACAAUUUUAGCAUUAGUUCUUAAGCAGGUUUAAUUCGAAUUUCGAAGUGGCAGAGUAACACACGCGCAUAUAAAUAAAUGAGAAUAGGAUUAAUGUUUAGUCAUUUAAAUGAAGCAUACGCACUGUUGUACCACAAUAGUAAGAUGACAACUCACUUGCAUUCCAUACCGUUCUGCUUCGAUUUCCCUUGAUUUCCCGCUUGCUGCAUAGCUAAAAACAAUUGUGUGAUACAAAUAAACUGUUGCCAAUUACUGGGACAACGGCAAAAACAACAAAUCGUUUGGUUUAGCAUUUCAUUUCCACUCACUCACCUUUUGCUGUACAAAAAAUUCUCAGACAUUAAAUGUGCGUUCAAUUUGAGGGAGCAACAGGACGCGGAAUCAAGACACAAGUUUAGUAGGAGUAAAGGCAGUUGAGGCGAGGCGAUGAAAAUAUUUCAGAAAAGCAAAGAAAAAUGUCAAAAAACAUUCUAUUUUAUAAAUUCUCUUAUGCAUUAAGUAAUUAUAAUUAUUAUCUAUUAUAUAAACAAUUUAAUUAUUAAUUAUGCUUACAAAUACCAGACAAGACAACCAUAAUUAAUUGUAAUAAAGCAAAAACAAAAUUAUUAUUAUUAUUAAAAA